AUGGACGUCGUACAGAGUCGGAUUAGCGCACCCGCGUCGGGUUCCGCGUGGGCUAAAAAGAACAAACAGCAUUGGUGGAUGUUUGCGGUGUUAAUGGUACUUUUAGUAAAUGGUUCAACGGGUCUACGGCUGACAAGUAUGACUGCGCCAGUUGUAGCAGAUUUACGAGAAAUAAUGGAGUUGGACUGUCAUUUUGACAUGGGUAAUGAAGAGCUAUACGCAGUUAAAUGGUACAAAGAUGAUCAAGAGUUCUUCAGAUAUAUGCCCAGGGGUCAAGAGAAGACUCGCGUAUUUCCGGUACCAGGCAUCACAUUGGAACCAGAAGGUACCAAUUGUAACCUGCAUCAGUGUAAAAUCGCCCUAACUGAUCUGACUCGGUUAUACAGCGGCGGCGCGUACCGUUGCGAAAUUUCCAGCGAAGCUCCCGCUUUCAAAUUAGCUUCAGAAACUCACAAUGUUACCGUUGCUGCUCUUCCAAGAGGCUCCCCAAAAAUUGACGGCCUUGUCAAAUCCUAUUCUGAAGGUGAUACAUUCAAUGCAAAGUGUACAUCGGACUAUGCUGAUCCAGAACCAAUUUUAACGUGGAAAAUAAACGACUUAGAUCCUCCUCAGCAUUCCAUAUCUCACACCUCCAGUUCAGAACCGGAUCACAUGGGAUUGAUAGCACGCACGGUCACGCUGCGGUUCACUGUAGACAAAAGAGCGCCGCAUGGCAACGAGAUUGACGUCAGGUGCGAAUCAGCUCAACCCGGAGUACCGGAACCAAAGCGAGUAGCUUCGCAGAAGGUGUCAAUUAGAAGACCUGGUGAUCCGCAAGUCGUCAACAACCAGAAAUGGUACGCCACAGGAAUAUCUUCAGCCCAAUCUGGUCCAACAUUCCACAUAGCUUGGCUGCUCCUUUGGGUCCUCGUAGUUAAGUGGACCUCAUUGGUCAGAAUGUAA